AUGAUUAUAACUAUUGAUAUUGAACAACAAAAUAAUGUAUCAAUUGCAGCAUCAUUUAUACCAUUUUUUCAUUCAAAUCAUUUCGAUAUACACUUAGCAUUACCAAAAAAUGAUGAUGAUGAUGAUGAUGAUGAUGAUGAUAAUGAACAUGAAAGAGUUUUUCAACAAGUUCGUCAAAGUGCAAGACGUAUUGAUCAAACACAUUAUGAAAAUAUUAAUAAAAGAAAAUUUUCGACAGAUAAUGAAAGUACAAAUAAAAAAUCAAAACAAUGUUCGGAAUGUUCAAAAUCAUUUUUAAAUCGAACAAGUCUUAUUCAUCAUCGUCAACAUGAACAACAUCAUCAAGUUAAAUCUAGUAAAUCAACAUUACGUCCUGGUUCAUCAACACAAAAUCUACUUGAACGUCGUCGUCAUGUUACAGAUACAUCAUCACUUAGUUAUUGUUCAAUAAAAUUUGUUCUUUCAAAUGAAUUUCUUCAUGAAUAA